CUCCUCCUCCUCGGUUGGCGAAGGCGGGGAACGGGGAUUGGCUGCUGCUGCUGCUGCUGGCCCUACUCCGGAAGCGGCCCUGCGGAGGGAGGCUGGCCCUGGGGCCUAGGAGCAGGCUUCGCCAUGGGCAAGAAGGAGAGGGAUAAGAAAAAAUCUAAGAAGAGACACUAUGAAGAGGAGAACGAAGAAGAGUAUGAUAUUUCAGGCAAGGACUCUCAGGAAGCAGUUCCCUCGGCAGCAGGGAAGCAAGUGGAAGUUUCUGGGAAAAAAGUAGAUGAAUAUGGGGCAAAGGACUACAGGAGCCAGAUGCUGCUCAAGGCCGAUCAUUCUUCUCGCCCAUUGUGGGUGGCUCCUGAUGGUCAUAUUUUCCUUGAGGCCUUUUCACCUGUUUACAAAUAUGCCCAGGAUUUUCUGGUUGCCAUUGCUGAGCCAGUUUGCCGGCCCUCCCAUAUACAUGAAUAUAAACUGACUGCUUACUCUCUCUAUGCUGCUGUCAGUGUUGGUUUGCAAACAAGUGAUAUCACUGAGUAUUUGCGGAAACUGAGUAAGACUGGUGUACCUGAUGGGAUCAUUCAGUUUAUCAAGCUUUGUACUGUCAGCUAUGGAAAAGUAAAGCUGGUCCUGAAGCACAACAGAUAUUUUGUAGAAAGCACCCAUCCAGAAGUCAUUCAGCAGCUUCUCCAAGAUCCAGUUAUUAGGGACUGUCGACUGAGAAAUGCAGAAGGGAAAGAAACAGAACUCAUCACAGAAACGUUCACAAGCAAAUCAGCUAUUUCCAGGUCCACCGAUGGCAGUGGUCCAUCAACUUCACAAGGGACAGAUGCUCAUAAGCCAGAUGUCCCAGCUGACUUAUUUGAAUUUUAUGAACAAAUGGACAAGGAUGAAGAAGAGGAGGAAGAAACACAGACUGUCUCUUUCGAAGUGAAGCAGGAAAUGAUUGAAGAGCUUCAAAAGCGUUGCAUUCACCUGGAGUACCCUCUGCUUGCUGAGUAUGACUUCAGAAAUGAUUCAGUGAAUCCUGAUAUUAAUAUAGACUUGAAGCCCACAGCUGUUCUCCGACCAUACCAGGAAAAAAGCUUGAGAAAAAUGUUUGGGAAUGGCCGUGCGAGGUCUGGUGUUAUUGUUCUGCCCUGUGGUGCUGGCAAGUCACUUGUAGGAGUAACAGCUGCUUGCACAGUCCGCAAGCGAUGCUUGGUGCUGGGCAAUUCUGCUGUCUCUGUGGAGCAGUGGAAAGCCCAAUUCAAAAUGUGGUCCACAAUUGAUGACAGUCAAAUCUGCAGAUUUACUUCAGAUGCCAAAGAUAAACCAAUUGGCUGUUCCAUUGCAAUUAGUACCUACUCAAUGUUGGGACAUACAACCAAGAGGUCUUGGGAGGCAGAGAAAGUAAUGGAGUGGUUGAAGAGUCAAGAGUGGGGCCUGAUGAUCCUUGAUGAAGUACACACCAUACCUGCAAAAAUGUUCAGGCGUGUGCUCACCAUUGUUCAAGCCCAUUGCAAACUUGGACUGACGGCUACGCUUGUUAGGGAAGAUGAUAAAAUUGUAGACUUGAAUUUCCUCAUUGGGCCUAAACUGUAUGAAGCCAACUGGAUGGAACUGCAGAACAAUGGUUAUAUCGCUAAAGUCCAGUGUGCUGAGGUUUGGUGUCCAAUGUCUCCUGAAUUUUACAGAGAAUAUGUGGCUAUUAAAACAAAGAAGCGUAUAUUGCUCUAUACAAUGAAUCCAAACAAAUUCAGGGCUUGCCAGUUCCUGAUUAAAUUUCAUGAACGAAGGAAUGACAAAAUCAUUGUAUUUGCAGAUAAUGUGUUUGCUCUGAAGGAGUAUGCAGUCAGGCUGGGCAAGCCAUAUAUAUAUGGGCCUACAGCACAGGGGGAGAGAAUGCAGAUCCUACAGAAUUUCAAACACAACCCCAAAAUCAACACUAUCUUCAUCUCCAAGGUAGGCGACACGUCCUUUGAUCUUCCAGAAGCCAAUGUUCUGAUCCAGAUUUCGUCCCAUGGUGGGUCUCGAAGACAGGAGGCCCAAAGACUGGGUCGAGUACUGAGAGCCAAGAAAGGAAUGGUUGCAGAGGAAUACAAUGCCUUCUUUUAUUCUCUGGUCUCUCAAGACACUCAAGAAAUGGCAUACUCAACGAAACGGCAGCGAUUUUUAGUAGAUCAAGGCUACAGCUUCAAGGUAAUUACUAAACUUGCAGGUAUGGAGGAGGAAGAGCUUAUGUUCUCAUCUAAAGAAGAACAGCAGCAGUUGCUCCAAAAAGUAUUGCAAGCCUCUGAUAUGGAUGCUGAGGAAGAGGUGGUUGCAGGAGAGUACAGUUCAAAAUCAUCUCAGGUUUCCCGUCACUAUGGCACAAUGAGCUCUAUGUCUGGAGCAGACGAUACGGUUUACAUGGAAUAUCAAACGUCACGAAGCAAAGCAUCUUCAAAUAAACACGUUCAUCCACUUUUUAAACGUUUUAGGAAAUAAAAAGAAAAAUCCAUGGCACAUCUCUUUCUUACAAUAAGUGAAAAGGAAGACAUGAAUUCAGACAUCUAAAACAUUGUGACAUAUUUUUUUAAAAAUGACAAUUAGAUGAAGUGAAGCAGUUCAUUCAUAGUGGAAAUGUUAUCUGGGGACUUAAAGCUAUUAUUUCCACAUGGCAUUUCAUAGGUAAUAUUUAACCCAUAUUGUUUAACAGUUUUCAAGAUUACUUCAGAAUAAUUCUGAAAAAGCAGGAAUUCUUUGUAUAUACAGUAUUUGGUUACAAGUAAAGUAAAACUUUAAUAUCUAAAAGCACUGAAUAAAAAUUUUCUUUACCAAAA